UGUAGGCGUCAGUUUUUUUUUUUUUUUUUUUUAAAGAAUGCGUGGGAUAAAAAAAAAGACAACGUGGUUCAUUUGCGUCAAUUUUGAGGCAAUUUAUAAAGGGUUCUUAAGCUUACGACUCUGUUUAAAGUUAUUAAAAGGCUUCAUGCAUGAGCUGCAAACGUUUAAUAACAGAUGCUGAGUUGCCAAGACGUGGAAAAUCCCCCUCCGAUGGACUGUUGUCUUUUGCUGAUGGCUCUUUACAAACCCAUUGGCCUUUAUUACCGGCUUUGUAACCUUUAUAACUGCAAACUUUAAAACUUAUUAGAUAGUGACAUGAGGGACCCCUUUUUUUUUUUUUACUGAUUUACUAACAUCCACAACUGCAGACUUGAAGGCUUCCCCAAACUUAAAGCAUUAGUAAACAUUUAUAAACCAUUAAUUAAAGCUGAUAAAGUCUUUAUAAAAGUGGUGCCCAAACUUCUGAUCUCAAUCUCUGCAAAAAAAAAAAAAAAAAAAGCGAAUAUUUCCUAUAGUGUUGAACCAUUCCUUUAAAGUUAAUUUUAAUUUAAUUUAAUGUCGGAUUGAGGCUGGCUACUUUCAGUGGAGUGAGGGACCUCAGUUAGUCGUUUCACCGCUGAUGGUGAUGUCAGACAGCGGCUGGGUCAUGUGAAGGUCAGCAGCGGAGGAGGUUCACGGAGAGUUCACCCGCAUACAUUAGGUAACACCACCGGGCGCUGUGACAUAACUAGUAUGAAGCAGGUUGAGUUGAGACAUUCGUCAAUAAAGAAGAGAUAAGAAGAGGAAGAAGAAGAAGAAGAAGUCCCGGAACAAACUUUGUUAAGAAACACAGCCUCCAGAUCUGGAUGUGUUGAACCGCUGCGUCUGUACCGGGGGACUGAAGUCUGCUGUCCGCGCGUCAACAUGCAAACUGUUUCUGCACGUCUCCGGGAGAUAUAGGUCUGUCCCUGAGCGCACACGCCUCCUCUGAACGUAACACAGUCAUGUUGUAGCGUUAAAACACAAUUUGCAUCAAGUACAGCUAAACUUCGAGAGAGAGAGAGAGAGACGGAGAGAGAAACCGCCUCAUUGUGCAGGAUUCCCCAUGCGGGCAACAUCUCCAGACGGACAUCGCUGAAACCACAUCAUGUUUGACUAUAUGGAAUUUCAGUCUUUCGGUCCCGGAGAGAUCAUGGACUUCUACAGCUCACCCAGUCCCGUCUGCAUGCUGCAGGAGCAGGAGCAGGAUCUGGCAGCCUUCUUCCCAGAGCUGAUCGAGUCGGACUGGCAGGAGAGCCGGUGCUCGCAAUCAGUGGGCAGCCAGAGCUCCAGCUCCAGCUCCAGCUCAGAUGAUCUCUUCACCAGCCCCCCCUCGCCGCCUCCACCUCCUCGCACUUACAAGCCCUGCUUUGUGUGUCAAGACAAGUCCUCAGGCUACCACUAUGGAGUCAGCGCCUGUGAGGGCUGCAAGGGCUUCUUCCGCCGCAGCGUGCAGAAAAACAUGGUGUACACCUGUCACCGCGACAGAAACUGUAUCAUCAACAAGAUCACCAGGAACCGCUGCCAGUACUGCCGGCUGCAGAGGUGCUUCGCUGUGGGGAUGUCGAAGGAGUCGGUGAGAAACGACAGGAACAGGAGGAAGGGGAAGAAAGAAGCGGUGAAGAUGACGAUCAUGGAGACGUACGAGCUGACGGCGGAGCUCGGCCUGAUAGUGGAGAAGAUCUGCAGGGCUCACAGAGAGACCUUCCCCUCCCUCUGCCAGCUGGGAAAAUACACCACGAACUCCAGUUCAGACCACAGGAUCCAGCUGGACCUCGGGCUGUGGGACAAGUUCAGCGAGCUCGCCACCAAGUGCAUCAUCAAGGUGGUGGAGUUCGCCAAGCGGGUGCCGGGUUUCACCGGCCUGACCAUCGCUGACCAGAUCACUCUGCUCAAAGCCGCCUGCCUGGACAUCCUGAUCCUGAGGAUUUGCACUCGCUACACUCCUGACCAGGACACCAUGACCUUCUCCGACGGGUUGACCCUGACCCGCACUCAGAUCCACAACGCCGGAUUCGGACCGCUGACGGAUCAGGUUUUCACUUUUGCCGGGCAGCUGCUGCCUCUGGAGAUGGACGACACGGAGAGCGGGCUCCUCAGCGCCAUCUGCCUCGUCUCUGGAGAUCGACAGGACCUGGAGGAGCCGUCCAAGGUGGAGGUGCUUCAGGAGCCGCUGCUGGAGGCGCUGAAGAUCUACUCCCGAAAAAGGCGACCCAGCAUGCCCCUCAUGUUCCCCAAGGCCCUCAUGAAGAUCACUGACCUGCGCAGCAUCAGCGCUAAAGGGGCUGAGAGGGUGGUGACGCUAAAGAUGGAGAUCCCGGGCUCCAUGCCUCCCCUGAUCGAGGAGAUGCUGGAGGAUCUGCAGAACCUGGAGAAACACCAGAAGAAACAGUCGGAGGAGAGCCGAGCGGAGCAAAACACCAGCCAGCACACACGCACCGCCUCCUCGCAGCGCAUGAACUCCUCCGCUUCUUUACUCUGAAGCUGCUCAAAGAACGUUUCGUCCCUCUUCCCUCCCCGGAGAAACCGCUCGCUACAUAAAGUACAGAUGCAGUCCAGAGGGUUACUAGUGUCUUACCUCUGUCUUUGGUCGGAGAACUGUCAGUGAGUAUUCGCAGAUUGAUGAAGAAAGAUAAAGAUGCAGUAAAGUCUUAAUCAGUCACAGUUUCUUUCUUUUUUUUUUUAACCCUUGGUCGCAGUCACCUCAUAAACAUUGAGAAUCAAUCUCAGCUGUUCUUUACCUGGUUUUUACUGUAUUUAUAUGUGCAUGAGAUAUCACAUGGAUUAAUUUUUUUUACCUCAUUGAAUAACGCCUUUAGCAUUAGCAUAGCAACGAUAGGCAAACAUAUUGAAAGGACUUUUUUUGGAGCUUUUUACAUACGUGAAUUUUUUUUUUUCACUUGUCAAAGUUCUACUGUUUGUACCUGAUGUGU